GUACCCAACCUCCAUCAUUGGGUCUACACUACAUGACAGCUGAUCAUACUGUCCUUGGUUUACCCCACAGUCGACACACAUCAAAAUGCAUGAAGCUUAUACAUAACCACGGUAUAUGGCUUUUUCCACCAGCUCCGCCACCAAUCGCCACCUCCUCCAUCGUCUCAUCACCAUCCGCACCUUCGUCGACGCCAAGGUCAAAUGGGUCCGAGACCCCUACCUCGAUACCGCAGUCCAAAAGGAGAAAAACCUCAAACCACUCCUCUCUCUCAAAACCUUAAUCCUCUCUCAACCCUCCAAAACCCUCCCCAUCUCUGCCGCCGCCGCCCACAAACAACACCUCAAUCUCCCCACCACCGCCUUAAAAUUCGUCCAAAUGUACCCAUCAAUCUUCCAAGUAAUCCAACCCACCAAACCAUUGUCCCUCCCUCACGUCAAGCUCACCCCACAAGCCCUAACCGUCCACAAGGAGGAAACCCAAGUCCUCAAAUCGUCGAUUCAUCGCAAAGACGCCGCCGAGAGGCUCGCCAAGCUGUUGAUGCUCACCAGAGCUCGAAGGCUUCCAUUGGGUGUCAUCGAUAAGUUCAAAUUCGAUUUGGGUUUGCCCCAUAACUACAUUCUCAAUCUCCUUUCUGAUUUUCCUGAUUAUUUUCAGAUUUGUAGUAUGAAUUGUAAAGAUUCAAAUGGCUGUGAAGUGCUUGCAUUGGAGUUAAUUUCUUGGAGAGAUGAGCUUGCAGUUUCUGCAAUGGAGAAGAGAGAAAUGGGGAUGAAUGUGAGUCAUGAGCGUAAAAGGGGUAGGCCUAUUGCGUUCCCGAUGAGAUUACCAAAUGGGUUUGAUUUGGAGAAGAAAGUGAAGAAUUGGGUUGAUGAGUGGCAAAAGCUACCUUACAUUUCGCCAUAUGAGGAUGGGUUUCAUUUGUCGCCGAAUAGUGACCAGGCAGAGAAGUGGACGGUGGCGGUUCUGCACGAGUUGCUUCAUCUCCUGGUGUCGAAGAAGACGGAGAAAGAGAAUGUGUUUUGCUUGGGAGACCAUUUGGGGUUUGGAGUGAGGUUUAAGAAGGCGUUGGUUCACCAUCCGGGCAUUUUCUAUGUAUCUAAUAAGAACAGCACACAGACUGUGGUUUUGAGGGAGUCUUAUAGGAAGGACUUUUUGGUGGAGAAGCAUCCGAUGAUGGGUAUGCGGCAUCGAUACAUUUAUCUCAUGAACAAACCAGUGAAACGGAGUAAAUCAGACCGAGGUCGAAUGGAUGAACAUUAAAAGAAGAAUACUUUGUAUGGCAAAGGAGGAGGACAAAGAGAAAUUUAUAGAAGUAGGCAAGAAGAAGAAGUGGAGUUCAAUGGCUUUUCUGAGUUUGAUUAUGUAUGUGAUAUUGAAGGGAUGGGGAUUGAGGAGUGAUGAGGUUGACAACAGUUAAGUGUGUUGAAACCUAUUGAAAAACAACUAGGAUCUUAACUAUUUGACAAUGGGGAUGUUGAGAUUUUGUGAUUAGGAAGCUCAGUUGGAAGGUACCCUCAUUUGGGCACAAGAUGAGAUGUGUGCAAGUUUUUUACAGAAAAUUAAGUAAUGCAGAUUUUGAUUGUAUGAAUAAUGGGACGUUGGGUGGUGUUGAAAAGUGUUAAAUGAUAUAACCCCAAGGAGUAGAAUAGUUUGUCAAGGACCAUACCUAACAAAGGUGGAUGUCUUGGUUUUAUUCCCUUAUACAUUGGCAUCCACAGGCUGAAGUUAGCACACAAACUUAGGGUUCUAAUAUGUUUCCAGAAGUAAUUAGUUUCACCAAAUAUGGAGAUAAAGUUCUUGUCUUCCAAAAAAAUCAGGAAUACGUAAACAAGGCAUGAGGUAGUGAGGGUGAUUCAAUCAGUCGGGUGUAAAAUGUAAACGAGUCAAGAGGUUGUGAGGGUGGUGAUACAAUUGGGGCUUUGGAAGCAGAACCUUGAGAUGUUUAGACGUCUGGAUAUUCUACAUAUACAAAAAGCUUUGUUUGAGGACAAGACUCUUGCAGCAUAUACUCGGAAAUUAAGAAAUGCAAGAAGGAGCACAUAGCAAUAUAAUAUACUCUCUUAUGUUCCAGGAUGCAGUUUGGUGGUAAUUUUCCAACAACGGAAGCCAAGGUCAAUUUGAAAGACGACCACAUUUCAUUCAAUGCUAGGACAGGACUCAUUAUGUUAAACACUGGAUGGGGUGAACAUUGAGUAUGUGACUCUGACCAUGACCGUGCAGGUGUAAGGGAGGUGGUAUCACCUGUUGUUCCAAAGCAUUAUCCUGUCCUGAGAGGUCUCAGUAACUCAUGGUGAUUGGUUUUACUUGUCACUUUUAUAUUUGAAUAGAGUCCAUAGCUUGUACAUGUUUUACUAUGUUUGCUCCUCUGUGAACAGGAAAGGUAUGCCUGCCUUCAAAUUUUGUAAUAUUUUUGUUUUUUAUACUUGUCCCCCUCAAAAAAAAAAAAAAAAUAAAUAAAUAAAGUGUGGUGACUGGAUUUAACUCUUCUUCCAUGAACCAGAUGGGUACAUGACUGAAAUUGGAACUACCGUGUCAAAACCUCGUGCCAACUUUCUAGUUUGUUUAUACCCUUCCAUAAAGCUGUCGAUUCCUGAAACUACCAUAUGGC